AUGUAUGGCCAGGGGCAACAGCUCUAUGGCAGUCAGGCAUCCAUCUAUGGAGGCGGACUGCCAGUGCCGGGGCGCGAUCCCGCAGCAGAUGCUCCUGGGCUUCCAUCUGCCACUCUGCCCCUGCUCCGCGAUAUCAACAGCUAUGCGCAGGUGCGAGCCCCAGGCAUAUCCAGGCUCGAGCUACGCUGCGGCAGUGGCCGCGCACCAUGCGCCAGGAUAUCCCCCGCAGUCGCAGAGCUACGUGGGACAGCAACCCUAUGGCGGGCAGCCUUACGUGUCCAGCCAGCAGGCGGCCUACAGUGCAGGGCAGUACUCCGGCCAGCAGGUCCGACCCGUGCGAAGCAGCAGGCCUAUCAGACAGCUGCCGCAACGGCCAGCAGCGGUUAUGGCACAGCCUAUCCGCCACAGGCGGCUUCUACCUAUGGAGCUCCACCGGGCUACGGGGCGCCGUAUGGACAGCAAGCGGCCACUUAUCCAGCGAAUCCCACAGCCUAUGCGACAGCAGGCUAUGGCCUGGGGCAAAGCCCCUACAACUACCUGCAGCAGCCGGCCGGUGCUGGCGGCGCUUCAGGGGCCUUUGAACAAGCGCCCACAGGUUCCGAGGCAUUGAAGAACAGCUCAUUGGAGGGGAGAUAG